AUGUGGCUCGGCGCCGGGAUUGGCUACUAUCGCUCGGGCAAUCCAAUCGCCGCCGAGGCAUGCCUCAACGAAAGCAACGUCUGCAACCCUCUGAACCCGCGCACGUGGGCCUUUCUCGCCCUUUUGUGCAUGCGAACGAACCCGGAGCAGGUGGGGAUGCUGUUCGAGCAGACCCAGCGCCAUGGCCUAUCCGAUGCCGUCCUAUGGGCGGAGCUGGGGUGCGAGAUGCUCAUCACGAUAAACAAGCCAACCUGGAGCUUGAAGUGCCUGCAGCGCGCACUGAGUGGCAAGGCAAUUCCACACCGCGGGACGAUUCACACGGACGAGGCGGAAGAAACCCCAUCCAGCUCCCCCGCGCCGCGAGACUUGAACCAGGGGGAGGGAAUCACCAUAGACGACUCCAAAAGCACUGAGGCGUUGGGGUCGAUCCGAAAUGUAUCGGGCAAUGAUACUUACACCUCAGGGACAAUGCAAGGCUCGUCCGUAUUGCCCCCAUCUAUGACCAACAUCUGCUUGUACUACCUUUCGCAUGCGCUGCUACGUUUAAACCGCGUAGAAGAGGCACGCAAGGCACUCACCAGGGUAAUUCGCGACUCGACAAAUGAUGUUCUCAAAGCAAAGGCAGAGGUGGAUCUAAAACACUGUGUAUAA